ACUGAAGAAAUAUUUUUCUUUUCGGAAGGAGAUCCUUACAAAGCGGCCCUAUUUCUUUUUUCAGCCAGAAAAAAAAUAGUCUUAGAAUCUGAAAACCGACGAUGUACGCCAGGACAAACACCGGCAGCACACACGGAGACUUUCAGGACAGAAACGGAGUGAACUAUGUGACAUCGACGGAGACUUUCGGCCACUGCUCCCAAUUGUUCUGGAAAAAGGAUCCCAACGACUCCGGACCGAGUUCGACCAUCAGUUGGUGCGAUCAGCUUCCGUCUUCCUCCGCCGCCCUCUCCAGCUCCAGCCUCUCUUCGGCGUCUCUCUCCAGCUCCAGUCUCUCCAUUGAGUCCAGAGCGCCCGCAGCAGCGCCGCCGACGUCGGCAUCAGACGACAUGGAGUCUGACGAGAGGCCGUACGUGUGCGAUCUGUGCACCUGUGCUUACAAGCACGCCAGCUCCCUGCUCAACCACAAGCUCACCCACAAGACCGGAGACUUCAGGUGUGACUUUUGUAGCAAGCCCUACACCAACUACAUGUCCCUGCGUAACCACAUGAGAAUCCACGGUCAGAAGCGUUACAUGUGUGACCUGUGUGGGAAGGCCUUCCGCCUUGCCCGGUACCUCCGUAACCACCAGAGGAUCCACGACGACGGACCCAAUCGCUUCGACUGUCCCUCCUGCUGCAAGAGCUACAGGACCAUGCUGGAGCUCGCCCAGCACCGCUGCACCGCCGCCUCGACCAGCCAGUCCGGCAGUCGUCGCAAUUUCUCCAACGCUCGCCGUCAGCAGCAGCAGCAGCAACAACAGAAUAAUGCGAACUCCAUGAUGCAGCACGGAGGACACGGCCAGGACGCUCUGCCCUCCCACUGCGUCUCCCCGAUGUCGCAGCCAGGACAAGGCGGCCAACCGGUGUCUGACCCCCACCAGGGCCGUCCCAGCUCGGUGUCGUCCCAGAGCAGCCAGCAGAGCAUGAGGAGCUCGUCCUCCAACAAACACCACUCCUCCUCCGGCUCUACCCCGUCCUCCUCCUACUCCCUGCUGCAGCCCCUGGUGCCUGAGCCGAAACAUCAGGACACUUUCUCUCUGGCUCCCCAGCGGCCCCUCACCACCAUCAACCCCAUCGGCCACUCCCUCCAUCCGAACGGAGCGCCCACGUUGAAGCCUUCCCCCGUGCCGCGCACCAUCCAGGCCAUGCCGUGGGAGCAGCGCUCGCUCUACAAUCAAUGAGAUCACCUGGACCCGGCCACCCCCCCCCCCCCCUCCCCACCUCCACGUCGCGUCCAACCCCACACACCUCCCCCACCCUCAGCAGCGAGGAGGGAGGACUCUGGACGCUCCUCCCCCUCCUCCUCUGGGACGUUGUGUUUGGGCCGGGGGGGGGGCAGGACUAGUUGAGAUUGAUAACUGAGUAGUUAGGUUUAAAAUGUGUUGCCUUGACCCUCCUGUAUGAUCUAUGCCAUGUAUAAGUUAAAAUGUCUGUCCCCUCACUAAGAAUUAACCCUCCUCCCCCGCUCUAGUUAUGAAAUAUCUAUCCUUCCUCCCCGUUAUGAAUAGUGUCCCGUCCCCCCAUCCCCCCGUCCUCCCUUAUUUUCCUUUUUGUUAAAUGAAACAAAACGUAUUUUUAUUAAAGAACCCUUCACGGGUUCAGGGCACCGAACGUAAAUGUGACAAAGUCGUCCUUUCAGUCCGAUAUGUUUCUGAACAUAACCCAGAUGUUUUGUGGCUUCUGGAAGAAGACGACGAUCUUCUUCUUCUUCUGUUUAGUUUUUUUUAUGCCCCCCCUCCACCCCUUCCUCCACGUGCUCCAGAAUGAAGCUUGUGUAUAUCGUGUGUUCGGAGGUGUCUUGACUGUUUCAGAAAGCCGUUCUCUCAGCUCACACACACACACACACACACCUGUCUGUGAUCUCUGAGCACAGGCAGCACGGACCACCGUCGCUCUGCAGAACUUUUUGAAGCGUCUGUGUUGUGAAGACUGAAGUGCUGCAGUUCCAAACAAAACAAGGACCUCGACAGUGAACGUCUUUUUAACACACAACUGAAAGCUCACUUUUUUUCUAAACACCUGCGCCUGACUGGUGGCUUGUUGUUGUAGUACUAGUAAUCUGUUGGCUGGGAUUCAAACCGUUUAAAGCUCCUCCCCUUUUUUGUCCCACACUGACUGUUUUGCUCCUCUCACGUUAAAGCACUUUAAGACGAGUGCUGCAUAAUUAUUCCUGUUGCCCCGCCCCCUUUCCCUCCUCCUCCUCUCUGUCUGGAGCUGUUGACCCUUCAUCACCCACGCAGCAGCACCAGGACGCGGCUACUUCCGGGCGCCACAGAGGAAGAAAUAAAGUCUUUCUGCAGCUCUGAACCUCUUUAACUCCCCGCCAGUGUUGAUCCUCCUGUUAGCAAACAUCACACACGACGACCACGUUCAGGUCUUUUCCGUACGCAGCCAAUAAACCCCCCGAGAAGAAGAAGAAGCGAGUUUUGUAACCGGCCAGCAGCAGCCUAACACGGAUCCAGUUUGUAGUUCUGUUACGCUAACACGGUGUUCAUGGAGACCCCCACCGUUCUACUGACAUUGUAUUAUCUCUCUUUUUAAAGUUGUUUCUAUUUUUAUUCAUGACAUGUUUUCAUUGUUGCUUUCUCUCCUUGUAAAGUGUCUUUGAGUAUUUAGAAAAGUGCUAUACAAAUAAAAUGUUUUAUUAUCAUCAC